GCAAUAAUUAUAUGUAUAUCCGCGUGUAAGAACUUGCACAAUUAUUUAAACCACGAUCUCGCCACCGCUGCCGCCGACAUACGUUUAUUCUGGUGGAGCAUCCUUCCGCUGCUGCUGUUCAUCUCGUUUUUUCUCGUCGCCGACUAUCGAGACAAGGCUUCUAAUCUGCUGAUCGCGAACACGAAGAUCAACCACGCUCAGGUGCCGAACCAGGAAUCACACGUUAGCAAAAAAUCGAGAAGGAUGACUGUUACACUGUGGGUCGUCGGCGGUCCCGGAUGCGGGAAGGGCACCCAGUGCGAGAAAAUCGUUGCAAAGUACGGCUUCCUUCAUCUCAGCAGCGGUGAUCUUCUUCGGGACGAAGUCGCCAGUGGCAGUCCAAGGGGCGCCCAACUCCAAGAGCUCAUGUCCCAAGGCCUCUUCGUACCAUCCGACGUCGUCCUCGGACUGAUCAAAGAGAAGAUAAACAAGGGAAAGGAGGACAAGGUCCCGGGGUUCCUGAUCGACGGAUACCCACGGGAACUUAGCCAAGGGCUUGAAUUUGAGAAAGAAAUCGGGCCGGUGGACCUAGUGCUCUUCUUCGACGUGGCGAACGAGACUUUGACAAAGAGGUUACUGGGUCGUGCGGCCUCGUCGGGAAGAGUCGACGAUAAUGAGGAGACAAUCAAGAAACGCAUAGCAGUAUUCAACGAGAAGAACGGGCCAAUCGUGGAGCAUUACAAGGACAAGGUUGUCAAGAUAAAUGCCGAGGGCGCGGUUGAGGACAUCUUCGCCGAAGCGAGCAAAGCCAUCGAUGCCGUGAACAAGGUUUAGAAUCCGCAAAAGUUCCCUAAUUUUCCCCUUCAUCAUCUCAUAGACAUAAUAUAGGAUUUUAUAGCAAAUUAUUUAUUCACGUAUCUUUCGUAAUAUCACGAAACUAGUUCACGCACAAUUACACCCCAAUGACGAAUAAAGAUAUUGAUUAGUUGAAAA